UGGGGCGCGCAGGCACAUGGCGGCGAGCAUGUCGCCGGACGAGGACGUGCAGCGGCUCCUGAUCCAGUUCCGGGAUGAGGCGGGGGUGUCCCUUGGCUCCCCCUUCGACGUCCCGGUUACCAUCACCCCGGACAAGCUGCAGCUGGUCUGCAACGCCCUCCUGCAGAAGGAUGAGCCGGUGCCUCUUGCCUUCUUCGUCCACGAUGCCGAAAUUGUGGUGUCGCUGGAGAAGACCCUGGCGGGGCAGGCGGUGGAGACGGAGAAGGUCCUGGACAUCAUCUACCAGCCUCAGGCGGUGUUCCGGGUGCGGGCGGUGACCCGCUGCACCAGCUCCCUGGAGGGACACACCGAAGCUGUCAUCUCUGUUGCCUUCAGCCCCACGGGAAAGUACUUGGCAAGCGGUUCUGGAGACACCACCGUGCGCUUCUGGGACCUCAGCACGGAGACACCACAGUUCACAGCCAAAGGCCACCGGCACUGGGUGCUCAGCAUUGCCUGGUCCCCUGAUGGCAAGAAGUUGGCUUCAGGCUGCAAGAACAGCCAGAUCUUUCUCUGGGACCCAGCCACGGGCAGUCAGGUCGGCCGGGUGCUCUCUGGCCACUCCAAAUGGAUCACGUGUCUGUGCUGGGAACCUCUCCACCUAAACCCAGAGUGCCGCUACCUGGCGAGUGCCUCCAAGGAUGGCAGCAUCCGCAUCUGGGACACGCUGGUGGGCAGGUGUGACAAAAUCCUCACAAGCCACACGCAGUCAGUGACGUGUGUGAAGUGGGGGGGCGAUGGCUUGAUCUACUCUUCCUCUCAGGACAGGACCAUCAAAGUCUGGAGGAGCCAUGAUGGGGUCCUCUGCCGCACCUUGCAGGGCCAUGCUCACUGGGUGAACACCAUGGCCCUCAGCACUGACUAUGUGCUGCGUACCGGUGCCUUCGAACCUGCUGAGGCCACCAUCAACCCACAGGAUGUGAGGGGCUCCUUGGCAGAACUGAAGGAAAAGGCACAGCAGAGGUAUGACCAAGUCAGGGGCCAGGAACCAGAAAGGCUCGUCUCAGGGUCAGAUGAUUUCACACUGUUUCUUUGGAGACCUGCAGAAGACAAGAAGCCGCUGGAGAGAAUGACGGGCCACCAGGCAUUGAUUAACCAAGUCCUCUUCUCACCAGACACUCGUAUCAUAGCUAGUGCCUCCUUUGACAAGUCCAUAAAGCUCUGGGAUGGAAGGACAGGAAAGUACCUGACGUCUCUGAGAGGCCACGUCUCAGCUGUCUAUCAGAUCUCCUGGUCAGCCGACAGCCGCUUGCUGGUGAGCGGCAGCAGUGACAGCACGCUGAAGGUCUGGGAUGCCAAGACCAAGAAGCUGGCCAUUGAUCUCCCUGGCCAUGCAGACGAGGUGUAUGCAACGGAUUGGAGCCCGGACGGACAGAGGGUAGCCAGUGGAGGCAAGGAUAAGUGUUUGCGGAUAUGGCGUCGGUAGGAGCAGUGACACGGAGCUGCCGGUCCCCUCCUAAGCUGGCCUGUCCUCAGCACAUCUGCCUGGGGAAUCUGCGAGGUGAUGGAUGAUGGAGGCUGACCCAAGCACGACUGAGUCUCUCUUCUGUUGGCUGCUGUCCCUCAUGGACCCUUUCCUUAUAUUUAUUUAAGGAAAUUUUAAUUCUAGUUCUUAUUAAGAGCUGUGCUUUGCAGGAUGAUUUCCUCUGACCAUUACACGAGGGGUAUCUCAUCUGCCUCCAUCUCCACUGGCAUUUAUUGAAAUUUCAGCCUUACAGUAGCCUGCCACCAUGUGAGGGGCAAGUGAAGGGUGGGGACAGCUCAUGCCCUUUCUUGCUGUGUGAAGAAUCCUACAGGGAGGAAGCUUUUAGUGGGAACAGAAAGGGUUGUCCUUGGGUGGCUUUCAGAGAGGGAGGGAGAAAGGGGAAAAUCCAGCACAUCGUUACAUUGCAGAAUCGUGCUCAGCUGUGUGCCCGGGACAAAGAUCUGCUGAGAAUAAGGUCUCAGGACUUCUCAUUAUUCCAGUAAGGUUUUGCCUUUCCACUCAGCUGAUUCCCUGUGGGCUGUGCUGAGCGUUAUCUGUUAGUGAUCCUCUGCAUCCACGCAGAUCACUCAUUCACUCAUCUCUUCAGAGUGCAACAGGCAUGGGCUUCAAACAACUGCUGGAGCUGUGCUGAGUUUUCAAGUCUCAACAGUUCUUGGAAAUGGGGGAAUGAGGCACUUGUGCCUCUAAACAGUGGAGAGAGUGCCUGUUUCCCAUCCACUGCUAGCUUAGGGGGAAAGAAAGAAAGAAGAGGUGGGGAAGGGAAGAAAGGAGCAGGCAUUUUGGGUGAUGUUUGUCCCUUGCCCUAGUUACGUGCUGACAGCAGGGCUGGGACUGUCACAGUAAAUGGCAAAAUGUUCGUUGCACAGAGUUGGCUCCUGAAAUUUCUUGUGUGCAGUUACUUGCCCAGUGGGUGAGAGGGAUUCACACUGUCAUUGUGUAAGUCUUUCUGUAAGUCAGCUCAGCCUUCCAGCAAUCAUGAGGCAAAUAGACCUGGAUUUAGUGUUUAUUUCCAGGAUGCUUACCAAGCAGUGAAAAAUCAAGAUGUGAUUAUUAAGGAGCAGAAAUUAUAUUGUCAGAUUUAGUAGCAGCAAGUUAGCACAAAGGCCAGAACAUUCUCUCUAGCUCUCAUACUGUAGCUGCUGCUCAGUAAUUACUACAACUCAGAACAGGAGUUUGUGUCUCAGAUGCUUCCCAGCUGCAGAAGAUGAAUUUUAGAAUGCAAUUCCUGCUGGCAGAAGCUUUGGAGAAUUAAGAGGGGCUGGUGCAGUAAUGGCCAUUUGCUUGUCUGCAAGUGUUCGGGUGAACAAAAGACUGGAACAAAGGGUUAAAUCUUUGAUAUGACUGAGAACACAAAUUGCAGCUCCUGUUAUUAUCUCCUUCUGCCAGCCCAAGUCAGCAGGCUCUAUCUUCUUGGGAUCUUUUGGGAAUUCAAAUAUCCUGUGCCUGCUCUUUCAUUAACAUGCUUCCUCCAGCCAGUUCUUGCUGACAGUGAAGGCCCUGUCGUGUCCAUCUGCAUAAAGAAACUUUUCCUAAUUCACUAAGGUAAAUGUGGGACAGGAUGACUUAAAACUGUAGCUGAUAAUUCUGCCUCCCCAGGCUGUCCUGCCCUUGGGAAGGAGAGGAGCACACGUGCAGUUGAUGGAUCUCUGGUAACAGCUGAGAAGCCUGCCGGUUUUGCAAGUGAGCUGAAGGAAACAAUCCACCCUCAGGAGUUCAGCUCUGUCCCCAGGUUUGACUUGCUGGAGGUGGUGGCUUUUGUAGCUCCUGGUAGUAUGUGGCUCCUUCUGAAGCAAAGAGCUCUUCCAAAGUGCUGCAUGGGGUCACUGUGCCUUGUUAAUCCACGGUGUGUUUUGUGUUAGAAGUGGGGAAGUAUCAGAAGUGGGGGAAGUGACCCUGCCAGCGGGGACUGACUUGGCUGUGCACGGGUUUUCAUGUACCUGAAGACCACUUUCUUGUCCACAGAUUGCCAAAUGACAGCAAUUGCUGUGCCCUGUGGCCAUGCCCCUAACCUAGGCUGGCUCCUGCCAUCCCUUCAGUCUCUGCUUCUCUGAUAUUGGGCACUGAACAGAUCCUGAUUAAAAGCCACAUUCCAGGAAGGUUUUCCAAAGCAAAGUGAGACCUCUUGAAGAAAGAGAGGCUCUUGCAACUAAAUUUACACCAAAAUAAGCUAUCUAGGCCUUUAUCUUUCUUUGACCUGAUAGUGGGUAGGUUUUGCACCAGGCUGUGUGAUGGGUUUGCACGUAGACCAAAUCAUAUUUUCCAAUCUAAGCAGCUGCUACUAUUUUUAUCAUUCCUACAGUCUCAGCCUUCACAAUCAUACCAAGUGUUGGUCCUGUUCCAGCUGUAUUCCUAAGCAAUCCCUUAACACCCCUCCCAGGCCUCGCUCGGCUGUCCCCUGCCUGUCCCUGUGCAUGGGGAAGAGCUGCUGCCCUUCCCCUGGGAGGUGGCUCCUCUUUGGCAGGAGAUGAAGCAGGCACGUGCUGUCCCUCCCUCCCCUGGCCAUGGUGAUGUGAGCUUCCAUGAGCUAGAUUUUGGAAUUGCAGGUACUGAUUUGACUGGAUGCUGUUCCUAAUGGGGAAGAUGUUGCUUUUUGUUAAAAGGACAAGUCUGGAAGGUAGGCAGGAGCUUUCUGAUGGCUUCUCUGGGAACAGCAUCACUAGCCCUACAAGAAACUUACUGAAACACUUGAGCUUUUCUAGUGCUGUAUGAUCGGAAUCUCAGAGUGAUUCAAUCCAUUUUCUCCUGAGUUACUCAUUAAACAUACCACACAGAAAUGCCUGCCACAAGGAUGUUAUUUUUCACUGGUAAUAUAAGAAUAACGUUAAGCAUAUCCAGAAACUGUCCUGUGGAUCCCUUUGACACUUUGUCCUUCAAAAGCUCUGAUAGCUCAGCUGAUGUCACCAUUAGUUUUGCUACAAAUCCCCAAUGGGAGGACAGUGAUGAUGGGAAGCAUUCUAGUCCUCUGAGAAAGGCUUACCUGUCAUCAGUUCCUGGGUAUGAUGGAAGGAGGGAAGGAAGGAGAGAAGAAAACUAAGAAUAUCUACAGUGAAGUAGAUUGUUUGGGGUAGUGCUGAGAUGAGUGGGACAGUGCCAGACUCCUGCCUUUGGGGGUAGAUUUAGCUAAGUGGGGCCUUAACAUCCUUCUGAAAAUUGUUGUCAGAGCUGAGUGUUCUGCUUACCCACACAGGAGGGUUGGCCAAGUGGCAUAUGUGUUGGGUUCCCUGGGUCUUGGGUCCUUGGAGCCACACGUUCAUGUUCUGCUCAGCUCAGCUGGUCUCUUGAUUAUUUCCCCAGAUCAGUAAUUAACUUCUGUGUACAUGGUUAUAGCCUGGGGAGAGAUACAAGAAAAAUCUUUUGGUGAACAGGAAGAAAAUAAUCAUUCAUUGUUCUGCAUGGGCAUGAAGAAAAGCAGUUUUCUUUCUGCUUUUCUUUAGGUCAACCCAGGCACUGUUCAGAUGAUGUUUCUACAUCAGAAAGGGCUGCAUUUUGGUGGUAUGUCAGGAAAGGGCUUAUGGUGGAGAUUAUUAGUACAUUUGAAGGUGAAAAGUGUUAUGGAAGCUCAGAACAGUGAUGUCUGUGUUUUGGGGAGCUGCUACCAGAUGAAAGAGUAUUUCUGUGUACUCAGAUAAGCAAACUGGAAGGUGCUAAUUCCUUCCUAUAUCUGUUGCUCUUGUGAUCAUGAGUCCUGGCUCACAUCUGAGGGACUAAUUUGGCUGAAGCAAUGUAGUGCAGCUGAGAGAGCCACAAAUCCAUCUGCAGUGCUGCUCUCCCGGGUUUUCUUCAUUCUGUGUAAACCAGUGGUCCUUGCUGAGCGGCAGGUCACUGGCAGUCUCUUGUUAGUGGGGUGUGGCUCUUGCACAGCCCCAUGUUAAAAAUAAACACAGCACACAGUACUUUGUGCUUUUGAAGGAUCCCUGUGCUUGGUUAGACAUGGUACCAGUGUCUGGCCAUCCUUGUUGAGCAUGGUGGGUAUUUUAUUCUCCUGCUGUGUGGCUUUUCAGAGCAGAGCAGUGCAUCUCUCCCGAGUGCUGCAGGGUUGUCAGCACCCACUUGUGCUAAAUGCUGAAUAUUUGUGUGUAUUCCUUGGGUGAGGGAGGAGAACCACAAGCCCUGCAGGAUUAUCAUGCAUCCUCUCCCAACAUCUCUAGUAAUGAGGCUUCCUUUGGGAAAGGCAGGUGAAUUCAGUCCCCUCUGUCUCUGACCUCUUUCAGCAAAAGCAAGUGAAGGUGCUGUUUGUAAAUAGGUUUAUUGUAGUCUGCCAGUGCUGGAAAUAUUGACAUCUAGAAACUUUCCCAGACACUAAUCAAGAACGCAGCUCAGAUGAGUGACCUGCAUGCAAAUCCCACAGCCCUUCCUCCAGUGGUUUUUCAGACCUUGGCCCUUCAGAUCCCAUUGGAAUCCCAGUGCCACGGCAGCGUGUUUAGUUAUUCUGCUCAAACCUCCCUGCUGCUCCUGGCUGUUUUGUCCUUGCUGUGCUGAAACAAACCUGCUGGAGGGCUCCAGCCCCAUUAGGAGGACAAAAGGACAUCAGAUGUGCUGCUACUGAAGCAAAAUGUGUCUCAGUUUUGAAGUGUAAUGCAGAAUGCAUGGCUUAGAAAUUCCUGAAGUGGCUUUCUCUGUUCAAAAGGCUAUUUCUGGACAUUUAUUUUUUUUUAGCUUCCCUAAAACACAGUUUGUGACAUUGACUUUGGGGUGAGGAUACAGGCUGAGACUGAGAGGAUUCAUAUUGAAUGUGAGAAUUGGUGAAUGCCAAUAAACAGGCAGUUCUCCAGGAAACUAUUUUCUGAAUCAGAAUAUUUAACACACUGAGGCUUGUGGGCUUUUUCUUUGUUUUAAAGGGGCACCAUGGAUGCAUACUAGAAAAUGUCUGUGUUACUAGCAGCAACUUAAUUUGUGAUAAACUUGGAAUAUUUUUACAUCCCAUUUAUUCCUUCCAUGGGGGUGUUCUGAGCAGCUGAAAUUACUUGGGUCAGCUUCCCUUUCUCUGUUGUGUUUGCUAGGUUAGUGCUGUGGUCAGAUUUUGGAUGAGAGCUCAGAACUUCAGAAAAUAAGUGAAUAAGAAAAUUUGGUCUUAAGGGUUUAAAAGCCCUUUGAUUCUCUUUGGCACAAAGCAAUGUCUUACGAUUCCUCUGAUGCCUCCAUAUAAUGGCUUGAGCUUGAAAUGCUCUUCAUAAAGCUGUCCAUAUUCCCAUAAGAGUCUCUUGCUAAAUAUUUUUCAAUCUAAGUGCAUUGUCUUUGGAGAAGAUUCGCUGUGGAGGUUUUGACAUGGCACACAGCUCCAGUAGUACUUGGGUUUGAGUGCCAGAAAGCCAAGGGAGAUAUGUGAAUAAGGAAAGGACCAACUGCAUAACUCUCUGCUCAGUCUCUAUUUUGAUCUCCCAGCUCUAAAAGCAGACCUGAUGUCAUGUGAGAGAAGGUGCAGCACAGUGACAUGAGGUCACAGCUCUGCCCUGUGUGAUCCCAAUGUGCACCUUGAGCCAGCAGUUAACUUCAGUGGAUGGUUAAUCACUGCUGCUGGGGUGCCGGGGGGGUCUGGGGCAGAUGGGGUUAUUGGGGAGGCCUGAAGGAGCACGCACAGAUGAAAGGUGUGGAGGUGGCAUGGUGAACAGGGAAAGAAAGCAGUCAGGAAUGGAAAGCAGAGUGUAGUUAUGUGGAUCUAGAGGUGAAGGUCAAAGGCUGCAUGUGACUGGUGUGUGGUGGCUGGUUGGGUUUUUUUUAAAUGUUUGAACUUGUUGCUGUAAUCAUCCCCAGGCUGAUCUAAAAGUGCUGGGAGGGAAAGGCUGUAAAUUAUAGACAACUUUCUCCUUAAAAAGAAAGCGAGCAAUAUGAAGUGUC